AUGCCAGACCAGACAGUCCAUGAAGGAGAGCAACAGCCAGAGAAUGAUAAGAUAGCACGAGCUAUUCACCAGUUGCAGCUGAGAACAAAGAGCACAGAUAAUGAGCUGAAGUCCUUGAAACAAAAACAGGAGUCAUUUAUCCUUAGCUUCAGUGACAGCCAGCGCAUUAAUGGCAUGAGACAACAGUUGAGACAGACCAUGAACAGUGAGUCGCCAGAGUUUAAACAGAAGGAAAACCAGCUGAAAAAUGAGAAGGAACAGAUAGAACAAAAGUUGGCAAUCCUGGCAAAUGAGCUUCUGAAUCUGAGAAUUGAGCUGUCCAGGAAGUAUGAGCAAACAAUCAGUGGUCUGCAAGAGCUACAGAAGGAAGUCUUGGACAAUGAGCUCCUGUCUUGGAAGAGGCAACAGCAGCUUGCAGGCAAUGGCCCCAUCAUGAGCAACUCUAGUCUGACAACCCUGCAACAGUGGUGUGACACUCUGGCCGACAUGAUCUGGCAGAACCGCCAGCAGGUGAAGAAGCUGGCACAGCUACAGCAGCAGCUGCCUAUCAAGGACCCCGAAGGCAGGGAGCAGCCCCUGCCCCGACUGAAUGAUGCCAUCACCAAUUUGCUAUCAUCUCUGGUUACCAGUACAUUUGUGGUGGAGCAGCAACCGCCGCAAGUGCUGAAGAAAGAUUCCAGGUUUAGCGCAGCUGUCAGUUUGUUGGUGGGAGGGAGACUCAAUGUUCACAUGAACCCACCACAGGUCAAGGUCACCAUUAUCAGUGAGCACCAGGCCAACGAUUUGUUGAAGCCAAAAAGUGACUUCAAGACAAAAGACUGUUCUAGUGGAGAAAUUCUCAACAACACUGGAACCAUGGAAUAUCAGGCCAACAGUGGCCAUCUUGGCAUCACCUUCCGGAAUAUGCAACUGAAAAAGAUCAAGAGAGCUGACAAGAAAGGCUCGGAGUCUGUGACGGAAGAGAAGUUCUGCUUGUUGUUCCAGUCAGAAUUCAGUCUCGGAGGCAACGAGUUAGUCUUUCAGGUUUGGACAUUGUCCCUGCCAGUUGUGGUAACCGUCCAUGGUAACCAGGAAUGUAAUGCCACUGCCACAGUUCUCUGGGACAAUGCUUUUGCUGAACCGGAGCGCUUGCCCUUUGCGGUGCCUGAUAAAGUGGAGUGGAAUUUUCUAGCUGACCAACUGAACCUCAAGUUUUCCUACAGUACCGGCAGAGGUUUAAACCAAGCCAGCCUGACUUACCUGGCAUCAAAACUGUUUGGAAAUAAUGAUCCUUCCACCUGCAAGAUUUCUUGGGCUCAGUUCAAUAAGGAUACCCUAUCAAACAGGUCAUUCACCUUCUGGGAAUGGUUCUACGCAAUCCUUAAACUGACCAAGGAACAUUUGAAGGAUUUAUGGAUGGAUGACGCCAUCAUGGGUUUCGUCGGCAAGAAUGAGGCACAGAGUCUGCUCAGUGGACAACCUUACGGCACUUUCUUGUUGCGCUUCAGCGACUCUGAAAUUGGUGGUAUCACCAUUGCUUGGACAGGUGAAAAGGAUGUUCUCAACCUGGCUCCUUUCACUGCCAAAGACUUCAACAUCCGAGGAUUAGCUGACAGAAUCCGGGACUUGAACUCUCUGGUCAGUUUGUAUCCAAACAGAGGCAAAGACCUGGUCUUCUCCAAAUACUACACACCAGCUGAUGAAAAAAUGGAUCCCAGAGGUUAUGUCUGCCCUGUAUUGAAGACAACAAUUCCUAAGCAGUUUAACAGUCCAGGUGAUGUUGAAAUAAAACAGCCAUUCUCCCAAGAGUAUGUGUAUGACAGCAACCUCAACUCUGUACAGAGUAUGGAAGAGAUACCGUUCAUGUAUUCGACUGAGUCACCGGAGGAAUUUGUUGACAUGGAUGACUGUUUGAACAUGCUCACUGAUUACAUGCCCAACGACAUUGACGAAGUCAAUGAUAUUAAUAUUGAACAGCUGAUUGAAAGCCAUAAUUGUACUGGCUAG